AUGCCGUCGCUCAGCUGUAGAUUCUACCAGCACAGGUUUCCAGAGGUAGAAGACGUGGUGAUGGUCAACGUGCGCUCCAUCGCAGAGAUGGGAGCCUACGUAAGCCUACUGGAGUACAACAACAUUGAAGGCAUGAUCCUUCUUAGCGAGUUGUCUCGCAGACGUAUCCGCUCCAUCAACAAACUCAUCAGGAUCGGACGCAACGAGUGUGUGGUCGUCAUCCGAGUGGAUAAGGAGAAAGGUGAGGGGAAGAAUGCUGUGGAUGUGAUAGGAUGACUUGUAGCCUGGUUCCAGAUUUGUUUGUGCUACCAUGCCAACUCCUGUCACAGAUAACCAUAGGAUUUGGCAAGACAGAAAUAGAUCUGGGACCUGGCUAGUUGUCUUGUUCUCAUUAUGAUGAAGUAUUGUAUAGUAUUUUCCUAAUGGUUCAUUUCCCUGCUCUCUCUCUCUUUAGGUUACAUUGAUCUGUCCAAGAGAAGAGUUUCACCCGAGGAGGCAAUCAAGUGCGAAGACAAAUUCACCAAAUCCAAAACGGUAUGUUGUCUAAGUCCUCACAUUAUAAAGACUUACUAAAGUGCCAAAAUUCCUCGUUUUUCAAAUAAAAUAAAAUCUAAUGUUAUUGGCCACAUGCACCGAAUACAACAGGUGUAGACAUUACAGUGAAAUGCUUACUUACAGCCCUUAACCAACAGUGCAUUUAUUUUUAAUAAAAAGUAAAAUAAAACAACAACAAAAAAGUGUUGAGAAAAAAAGAGCAGAAGUAAAAUAAAAUAACAGUAGGGAGGCUAUAUAUACAGGGGGGUACCGGUGCAGAGUCAAUGUGCGGGGGCACUGGCUAGUUGAGGUAGUUGAAGUAAUAUGUACAUGUGGGUAGAGUUAAAGUGACUAUGCAUAAAUAAUUAGCAGAGUAGCAGCAGCGUAAAAAGAUGGGGUGGGGAGGCAGUGCAAAUAGUCCGGGUAGCCAUGAUUAGCUGUUCAGGAGUCUUAUGGCUUGGGGGUAGACGCUGUUGAGAAGUCUUUUGGACCUAGACUUGACACUCCGGUACCGCUUGCCGUGCGGUAGCAGAGAGAACAGUCUAUGACUAGGGUGGCUUGAGUCUUUGACAAUUUUGAGGGCCUUCCUCUGACACCGCCUGGUAUAGAGGUCCUGGAUGGCAGGAAGCUUGGCCCCAGUGAUGUACUGGGCCGUACGCACUACCCUCUGUAGUGCCUUGCGGUCGGAGGCCAAGCAGUUGCCAUACCAGGCGGUGAUGCAACCAGUCAGGAUGCUCUCGAUAGUGCAGCUGUAUAAUUUUUUGAGGAUCUGAGGACCCAUGCCGAAUCUUUUCAGUCUCCUGAGGGGGAAUAGGCUUUGUCGUGUCUUGGUGUGUUUGGACCAUGAUAGUUCGUUGGUGAUGUGGACACCAAGGAACUUGAAGCUCUCAACCUGUUCCACUACAGCCCCGUCAAUGAGAAUGGGGGCGUGCUCAGUCCUCUUUUUUUUUCCUGUAGUCCACAAUCAUCUCCUUUGUCUUGGUCACGUUGAGGGAGAGGUUGUUAUCCUGGCACCACACGGCCAGGUCUCUGACCUCCUCCCUAUAGGCUGUCUCAUCGUUGUCGGUGAUCAGGCCUACCACUGUUGUGUCGUCGGCAAACUUAAUGAUGGUGUUGGAGUCGUGCCUGGCCAUGCAGUCAUGGGUGAACAGGGAGUACAGGAGGGGACUGAGCACGCACCCCUGAGGGCCCCCCGUGUUGAGGAUCAGUGUGGCAGAUGUGUUGUUACCUACACUUACCACCUGGGGGCGGCCCAUCAGGAAGUCCAGGAUCCAGUUGCAGAGGGAGGUGUUUAGUCCCAGGAUCCUUAGCUUAGUGAUGAGCUUUGAGGGUUCACUCCCUCCAUGCACCCUCUGACUUCUAGGAAGAUUUUAACCCAACCUUUCUCCCAAGUUUUCACCAUCAUUGUAAAGCCCUAGUUAUGUUGUUGCUUUGAUAUUCAUUUCAUUUAUUUGUGAAUAAUGUACGUCUGUCCCUCAUUUUAAGGUCAACCCUGUUACGUGAACUGAACUCUAUGAACUUUAAUAUGGUGAAACUAUUCCUUUUUAAAUAUAUAUAUUUUUAAGAAACAUUGAACAUCUAAUAGUCAAAUCAUAGUGUAAAAGCAGGUGAGCUGGUUCUACUCUUUUUGGCCAUUUUCUGGUGUUUUGUGGUGGGAAACUGAGUGGGUCAUUACCUGUAGUUAGACAGGCUAGAAAUGUUUUAACAAAAAAACAUUUUUGUGAAGCUUUCAUUCAAUUGCCACUCCAUUUUGCACACAACAAGCUUCUAUUCCCCCUGUCACAAAGGGAUUUAUGGGUGAUUUAAGAUUAAAUCGUCAAUCCUGUUACGGUCAAUCCUGUUACUUUAUUUGCCAUUUACAUUUGAGUCAUUUAGUAGAUGCUCUUAUCCAGAGCGACUUAAAGUUAGUGCAUUCUUCUAAAAAUACCUAGGUGAGACAACCACAUAUCACACUCGUAAGUACAUUCUUCCUCAAACUUACUAUAGUCAUUUUUAUUGAUUGAACCUCUUGAGAUUGGAAAACGUAUUUUUUAUUAAGUUGAACAUAUGCUAUUUAUGACAAUGUUAAAAUUAGAUGAAAUCAAUGUUUUUUUGACCAAGUUACACUUCUCAAAAGGCACCGAAUUGGUGGAACAACCCUAGUAAAAUAUAACAUUUUGCCGUGGGCUGAAAAUGCAGAAGGGUUAUGGUACUCUUAGAUGUGUUGUCAACUGAUAUAUUCAGAUAUUAUUUCUGGAGGGGAACCUAGACCUGUGUGUCUUCUGUCAUGACAGGUGUACAGCAUAUUGAGGCAUGUGGCUGAGGUGCUGGAGUACACCAAAGAUGAGCAGCUGGAUAGCCUGUUCACACGCACCGCCUGGGUGUUUGAUGAGAAGUACAAGCGGCCUGGAUACGGAGCCUAUGAUGUCUUCAAACAGGCUGUGGCGUAAGUACUGACAACCUGGUCAGGGUUAGUGGAGGGGAUUCUCUUGUUUAGACACUUCACACCUCCCACAAUUGAGUGUGUUAAUAUGACUGGUGUUUUGGCCCACAGGGACCCAUCCGUUUUAGAUUGUCUGGACCUGACAGAGGAGGAGAAGUCUGUCCUCAUUGACAACAUCAACAGAAGACUCACCCCACAAGCUGUCAAAAUCAGGGCAGGUAUGUACACCUAACGCUUACCUGAGUACAUGUACAUCAUAUACCCAGCAGUAUCUUGGUGAAUUUUGAUAUAGCAUUAUAUAGUAAUGUGUUAGAAUAAUAUUUUGGGGAACCCACUUAAGCCAACAACCAUCUCUCCCGCAGACAUUGAGGUGGCCUGUUACGGGUAUGAGGGGAUUGAUGCUGUCAAAGAAGCGUUGAGGGCGGGGCUGGGCUGCUCUACAGACGCCAUGCCCAUCAAGGUAAAUAAAACAACAACAAACACCCCUCAACAGUCCGGUUUUCCGGACCCAGAUUAAACAUAGUAUAUUCCUAGAUCAGUGGUAUUCACAUUUUUUCAGUAGGGAACCCAUUUUUUCUACCAGAAUUUCUGGGGACCCCUUUUUCUUUAGAAGAAUGUAUUUACUAAUUUUUUUUAAAUAUAUUUUAUUUUUACAUCACUGCAGUUCCCAACCCCGACUUUGAAUACCACUGUACUAGACUAAAAAGCAUCCAUUGAAAAUGACUUUUAGUCCACGAACUGUGUCUGGGAAAAGCCUCUAUGUAUCACAACAACAUAGUCCAACACAUGAUUUAUCCCUUUAAACCUGUGUGUCUUUGGGUCUCUGACAGAUUAAUCUGAUAGCGCCGCCACGCUACGUCAUGACCACCACCACAAUGGAGCGUACAGAGGGUCUCUCUGUCCUCAACCAGGCCAUGGCUGCCAUCAAAGAGAAGAUUGAAGAGAAGCGAGGAGUCUUUAACAUCCAGAUGGAGGUCAGUACAAUAAAACUUUAUUGUCCCAAUUUGCAGAAAUGCAUAUUUUUGCUGUAUUUUAAUACACUAUAGAAAGAGGGGGUUAACUUUUGUUUGAAACCCCUGCCAUAUGUAAUACAUACAUUGGAAAUCUUACUCACCAUAGAUCUCACAUUAAAACAGUAUUAAAAACAGCAACAUUGUUCAGGACAUUGUGCUUUCAAUGCCCAUUUGUUCAUGUCUUCCUGUUUGUUUUCCUCCCCUCUAGGCCAAGGUUGUAACAGACAUAGAUGAGACAGAGCUGGCCCGCCAGCUGGAACAACUGGAGAGAGAGAACGCUGAGGUGGACGGAGAUGACGAGGAUGGAGAGAUUGAGGCCAAGGCAGAGGACUAA